AUUUGGAUGCACCGUGCACUAUGGUUCACGUCAAUGUGUUGAAAAAAUUAAUGUGUGUUCUUGUGGUGAUACUGGUAGCGCUUACGUUUUGCCUCUGGAGAGAGACGAGAAGAAGCUACUACGUUCCUUUCAAGACUGAGAACAGUGAUUUGCAGGUUCACAGGACUUUGGAAAAAUGGAACCCACUUAAAUCACAGGGCCUUUUCCAUGGAGCAGCCGGUGAAUUGGGUCAGAUACCCAAAACGUGGUUUGGUAACAAAGUAAAAGGCAGCACCUCUGGAACAGCCGAAAAGAAAGCAGCGGAGUCUGUGAAGGUGUGGGAUAAGGACAGUUCAUCCCGAAAUCUCAUACCCAGGCUGCAGAAGGUCAGAAAAAACUACCUGUCCAUGAAUAAGUACAAUGUGACUUACAAGGGGAAGAGGAAUGCUGCUAAACUCAGCCCGGAGAAGCUGCUCUGCCAGUUACGGGACAGGGUGAACGUGACCAUGAUACGUGGAUCCGAUGGCCCUUUUGAUACCUCUGAAUGGCAGCAAUACUUACCAGAGAAAAUCCUCAAUGAAACGGUGGGCAGCCUGGGUCGCUGUGCUGUCGUGUCCUCAGCAGGGUCUCUGAAAUCAUCUCAUUUGGGACAAGAGAUAGACAGCCAUGAUGCCAUCUUGCGAUUCAAUGGGGCUCCUACCAAGGGCUUUCAAGAAGAUGUGGGACAAAAGACAACAAUUCGUCUUGUGAACUCCCAGCUUGUGACUGUUGAGAAGGAGCAGUUCCUGAAGGACGCACUAUAUAACACUGGAAUCUUAAUUGUCUGGGAUCCAGCACCGUAUCAUGCAGAGAUUCAUGAGUGGUACAGAAAACCAGAUUACAACUUUUUUGAAAGCUACAAGUCGUAUCGUAGUAAACAUCCAGAGCAGCCUUUCUAUAUCCUGAAUCCAAAAAUGCAGUGGCAGCUCUGGGAUGUUCUGCAGGAGAAUUCCUUGGAGCAUAUCCAGCCUAAUCCACCGUCGUCAGGAAUGCUUGGCAUCGUGAUCAUGAUGACGCUCUGUGACGAAGUGGACGUGUACGAAUUCCUCCCGUCCAAGCGGCAGACGGACAUUUGCCACUAUUACCAGAAGUUUCAUGACCGUGCCUGUACCAUGGGAGCUUACCACCCACUCCUGUUUGAGAAAAACUUGGUGAAGCACAUAAACCAGGGCACAGAUGAGGACAUCUACACUCGCGGGAAAGUUACUUUGCCCGGCUUCCGAAACGUGCAUUGCUAGCGCAUCGGUUUUUAGUGUUUUAGGAAUUUUUCUUGAACCGUCAAGGCACUUUUUUUAAAUCAGGGUUGUCAGAUUCGUUAGGUCUAAACACUGGUGUGUUUUGACGGCUCUUCCGCGUUGCA